AUGGCAGAGAUGCACAACGUACCUCCUGAAAAGAGUGUCUUUUGGCUGUGCAACCAGUACAAGGGUGAGGGAGAGAAAUGCGGCAACCUCAAUGAUAUAAAAGAUAAGCAAUGUGACGAUUGCAAGAUGAGACGAGAUAAGGGAGACUUGGCCUGCAACGAAAGAAUACGAGUCAUUGGCAAGCUGAAGAAAGUGGAAGGUGAGGCGCUGAUCGCAGGAAUUCGAGAAGACACCGAGGUCUGGAAGUGUAUGCGAACAAACCCCGAUGGGACAAGAUGCCCUGGGGCAACAGACCCAGCACAAAUGCUUUGUCACAAAUGUGGGUUGAAGAGAGACGUUGGAGCAGUCGCUAAUAAUGAAGAUGGCAAGAAGAUUGGAGAGUUGAAGAAGGUUGAAGCUACUGGGAUCGAGCACUGGGAGUUCAACGACAAUUAG